AUGCACAGCAAAGGUUUCUCGCUUUUCCAAAUACGACCUUCCCGAAACCUAGUCCAGAAUAAGCCAGCGAAAAAAAAUCCUUCCCGAGACGUUUGCUGCUUUGUCGUCAUGGCAACUAAAAGGUGAAAAACGAAUAACAAAAUAAAAUCGAGAGACAAGGCCUGCUGGGAUAUAUCGCGAUCUGCGCCACGGCCCUCCGAAAAAGGGCCUUAUCGCAGUGAGAAACCCGGAACCAACGACGUUGUCGCCGUGUGGACCGGUCCCGGCAAUCUGUUUUGUCGGCGCGUUCUCCUGGUGAAAAUUGUGCAAUAUGUGGACGGACCAGAUUUCGCGAGUGGUUUUGCGGGACUACAGUUUCGGUAUUGUGCAAUAAAGGUUUCUCCAGGUUCCGGGAGGGUGCGUUGCCUCUCGUGUUUAGCUCCGGAAACGUCGGGAAAGCAAUCCUGGGAGGUGUAUAAAAAGUGGUUCGCUGGUGAAGGGAAUGCCCCCCUUCUUUGUGAAUUUGUGUUUAUGUUUGUGAAGAGGGCAAACCUAGUGUUCCUAACUGUUUUGUGUUUAUUCUGGAAUUUGAACGGUGGAACCGGAACCGUGAACGGUUAGUCGACGGAAUGGAUUAAGAAGCCGCUGAAAAGGCAUCUAGGCGGAACGCCGUUGAAAGAUUGUCCGCCAACCAUAAUCUCCGGAAAUCCUUAAUAGUGGCAACGUUUUAUCUUUAAUCUUUUAUCAAAUUCCAAAUAAUCAUAAAGCUUGCACUCACCAUAUCACCGUACAGUAAUCGAUCCGUACUACUACUCGUACUACUAAGACAGGGUUCACUGAAAAGAUAUCGUAGAAUUAGCUCUAGUUUUACACCACAUUUUGCUCGCAACAAUUUUUAACUCUAAAAUAACCACACCAAAAAUGAGCGCCCGUUUGGCAACUCAGCGCAGUUUCAUUACUGUGACGCCAAUUCCGGCGCCAUCAACACCCACGUCUGCCGUCCCAGCCUCGGCCAGUUCGUCACCGGUGGCGGCCACAACCAUCACGGCCAUCGAUCCCGGUUCCCUGUCCGACCCGGACUGCGGCGGUUCUCCGUCAAGCUCGGUUGGAACUCCAACGGCCACCAUUACGAUCCCUGCCGGAAUAGGUACAAGUACGAUCAAGUCCGCCGGUGCUGCUGACAGCAACAGUGCAAUCAAGACCAACCUGCAGUCCGCGGUCAGCGUGGCUACACCAUCCGCCAACCCGGCCCCAGUCCCGACCAGUCUGAUCGCCAAUAAUCUGAGCAUUGCUAAUCUUCUAGGCACUCAAGCGGGAACUCUGACGCUGCAGCAGAUAAUUCAGCAGCAAAAGAAAAUCGUAAUCCAUCCAAACGGAACCGUGAUUGACAUUCUGCCCAUCGACGAUUCUGACUCGGCUGACGACUCCAAGAUCGACGUCCAGUUGGCUGCGGCCGAUGGGGAAGGAACGACCGUUAACGGUCAGCAGCAGGUCACGGCGCAGGUCGCCGUCGUUCAAGCCCAGAGUCCCACCGAUGGAGGCCCCCAGUACAUCACGGUGACCGCCACCGCCGCCGCCGUCGAUCCGAACGGUGUGGAUGACGACGACAACGAAGACGACGAAAUUCCCUCGUAUGCGGCAAUGACGACCGUCGACGUAUCUUCCCCGGAUAACGUGCAGAACCACCACACCUAUGUGCAGUAUGUGGACUCAGACAUGUACACCACCAACGGGCAUAGUCAAACACAAAUGGCCUAUCCGGUGUACACCGUCGGCGAUUACAGUGCGUCGGGCGGCCAGCAGUAUUACACCACCGGCGGUAACGGUUCCGGCGGCAAUACAAGCAACGGUCCAACGAGUGGCACUCCCGGAAACGGCAAUUAUGCCACCUCGCCUGGUGGAGGGUCCCAUCCAGGAUCGAACGGUGCAUCAGCCAACGGAACACCCGGCGGUGGUGCCACAACCGGAAAUGGAUCCACACCCAAUGGUGGGGCGGCGGCCGGUGGCGCUGGCGGUUACAUUGUUCCGGUGGACGAAGCCACCCUGCUGGGAACCGCAGCCACCACCAACGGACACCAGCGGGACUCACCGCAAGCCAUGACGGACGUUGCAUCGUAUCUGCACCAGGCGUCAUCCUCGCAUCAUUCCAAUUCUACGACGCCGACGCCCGACAUGGACCCGACGCCGAGUCUUAGCCACGCGACGCGCGUUUCGCCAGCGACGGUUGCCUGGCUAGUGGAGAACUACGAAAACGCCGAGGGUGUCAGCUUGCCGCGGUCGACGCUGUACAACCACUACAUGCGCCACUGCAACGAGCACAAACUGGACGCCGUCAACGCGGCCAGCUUCGGCAAGCUGAUCCGGUCGGUCUUUACGGGGCUUCGGACGCGCCGGCUCGGGACGCGGGGUAACAGCAAGUACCACUACUACGGCAUCCGGAUCAAGCCCGGCUCGGUGCUGAACAACUCGCCGAUCGUCGAGGACGGCAAACCGUUGAACGCUAGUCACGUGAACAACAAUAACAACAACAACAACAGUCACAACCACAACACCAUGGGAGGAGCGAACGGGGGAGGUGGAGGCGGAAUGGGUCACGGAGGGAUGGCCAUGAACCAUCGUGGUUCGAGAAAGGGCAUGGUCAAGAACGACAUUCCGGAAUCGUGCGGUCAGUACUUGGGUGAUCCAACUGGUGCCAUUCCGGAGUUUCCGUUGAUAAGCUUGAACCACCCGUUUGCCGAGGAGAUUACCCUGGAAGACGUGGACACACUGCGGUCGAUCUACCGUGAGCACUGCGAGGCGUUUCUGGAUGCGAUUGUGAAUCUGGACUUCAACACGAUUGAAUCGCUGUGGCGCGAGUUUUGGCGGGCGGACAACAUCAACAACAACGGGGACGAGUGCGAGGAGGAGCGUUACCUAAGCAAGUCGAAGCUGUACCUGCUGACGCAGUGCGAGCCCAUCCAGACGUUCAUCAAGCAGGUUGACUUUAUGUUCUACCAAAACAUGGUGGAUGUGCUCAUUCCGGACGUGCUGCGUCCAAUCCCGACCGGAUUAACGCAAGCCAUUCGCAACUUUGCCAAAAACCUCGAGAACUGGCUUUCGUCGGCAAUGAGCGGUUGCCCGAAAGAGAUUGUCAAGAUUAAGCUAUCGGCGGUUUCCGCCUUUGGACAGACCCUGCGACGGUACACGUCGCUCAAUCACCUGGCGCAAGCUGCUCGAGCCGUGCUCCAAAACAGCACCCAGAUUGCGCAAAUGCUAAACGACCUGAACCGGGUGGACUUUCGCAACGUGCAGGAGCAGGCGUCGUGGAUCUGCCAAUGUGACACCGCCAAAGUCCAGCGGCUGGAGAAUGAUUUCAAGGCGGCACUGCAGCAGCAAAACUCGCUGGAACAGUGGGCUAGUUGGCUGCGGGCCGUGGUCGACGACGCGCUAGAGGAAUUCCGCGACAAGCCAUCGUUUGUGAACGCCGCUCGCCAGUUUCUGCUCAAAUGGAGCUUCUACAGCUCGAUGGUGAUUCGGGAUUUGACGUUGCGGUCGGCCGGCAGCUUUGGAAGCUUUCACCUGAUUCGGCUGCUGUACGACGAGUACAUGUUCUUCAUCAUCGAGCACAAGGUGGCCAAAGCUACCCACAAAACGCCGAUUGCCGUAAUGGGCGAACGUGACAACGGUCAGCUGCAUCAGCUAUCAACGUUGGCAUCCACCCACCAGCAGCAACAGCAGCCCCACCACCCGGACGACGUGGCGAGCAUGCUGUACACGUCGGACUUCGAGGUGGUCAAUGUGAAGAUGGAACCGAGCGCCAAGCGGAUGCGAAGUUAGUCAAUUUUCACCUCGUCUGAGGUUGGUGGCCCCUUUGGUCAACAGCAGCAGCAGCAGCAGCAUUUUCUCUUUGAUCGCCAAGAAUCGACUCAGCCAACGUGGUAUUUGGCGCCGUCGGCUUCAACUUCGCCGUCGAACCACAGCAGCGGUGACGGUGAGUCGUCCUCGUUUUCUGCGUCCUUUUACUGAAAAAAAAACACUUCUUUUAGUGUGUUUCACGUGUAUGCUAGUGUGUUAGGGUAAAUCAUCUUGCUGCUCGGGCAGAGAUUUUAAUUUAUUUAUUCCAAGCUUUAGUUUUAAUGUGUUGACUAUUUUUUCUUUUCACUUUAGUUCAAUUUAUCUGUUUGAUUCCCACCUACCCGUUUCAACGCUAACCAAUUCAUUCUCAAAAAUGUCCAAUUGUACAACUUCUCACAAAACGAAUUGUAAAUAUUUUUUUUUAAUAUGCAAUCCAGCAUACUAGAAUUAUAUUUAUUUAUUACCUGCAUCUACCAGGCAUGCCCCUAAAGAAAUAAAAAUAAAAACUAUUGAACUAUUAUUUAUUGUAAUUCUUGUGCAAGUCAAAACAAACUAAAAUUGUCGAAACAAACCAGUUGUCGUUUUUCAUGUAUUUUCUCUGUACUAAGAAAAUUUAAACGCAAAUCAAACUGUAGUCACUAGAAGAAGAAGAAGAAACAGAAAACGCCGGCCAACCUUUUUUGCCAUGCAAAUAGUCGAGGUUUGCAACCUCCAGCGGGAGGUGACGCUCACGUGUGUGCAAUUCGAGAAACAGUUUGGGCAAAAAUCAAAAACGGUCGUCAAAUUAUUGCAACAAAAAAGAAACCAAAUGAAUUUAAGAAUCAGCAAUGAAGCUACAAAUUUUCUAAUUAUUUUACAAAUGUUGUCAAAUUGCUAAAACAUAAGGAGAGGACAGAUUGUACGUGUAUCAGAAACAGAAACGAAAUAUAUACGCGAACAAAAAAAAAGAACGAUAAAAUAAAACAACAGUUUAAUGUAUGUGCCUGUGGAAGAAAAUCUAAACAAAGACAUAACGAAUUCAAACAACCUACAAAGCAGCAAACAGUUUGAAUCGUCGCUUAUAACCAACAUUUGUUCCAGAUAUUCAAAACAAAAAGUAAACGUCAACGAAACCAUGUCGCCGCCCAAAUCAAAAUUCAAACGGAACGGAUGCUAGUCGUGAAUAUUUCCUUCGAAAAUUUUCUUUCGAGGUGCUUGCGCGUUGUGAAAUCAUUCCAAAAUAAGCCAUAUUUGUGCCCCCAAUUGGUUUACAUCGUAUGGUCAGGGGGUUAGAAACAAUAAAGUUCAUGCCAUCGUUUAUUAUUAUUUUAUCCUAUUUUAUCUAUUUCAAACACGCUCAUCUCAUUGAAACAAAUUUAAAACUAAAAUACAUAGUUUAAGCUAACCUGCACCUUCGCUCAAAAAAUG